CGCCAACUUUUGAUUUUUUGGAGGCUCAUCUGCUCAUGUAUGUCUGAGUGACGGAGGCGGAGGGAGAUGGAAGAAGAGAUAGAAGAAAGCUUGGUUCUGGAGGCAGGCGGUGGAGAUACCUCAGUCGGCGAAACCAGUUGGCUACACGGAAAAUCCCAAAUGCUAGACGAGGUGAAUCAACUUGUUGAGCUGAUGACGGCAGAGAAAUCAAAACUGCAGGAGAAAAUUAUAGCACUGGAAAGUGAAGUGGACGGCUGCCACAAGCAGACGGAGCAGCUAAGGCUCAGCUCAGAGAGAAAGGAAGAGCACGUUUCAAGACUACAGCUGGAGCAAUCAGCUCUCAAGGAGAAAAGCUCUCAGUAAGAAAACAAACAAGCCAAUUGUGAGGGAAAUGUUUUGUUCCAGAUAGCAGCAAUUUUUACUAUUUCGUCUGAUGAGGGCCAACAAGCCCGAAACCUUCAUGUAUGCAUACACGUACAGGCAGAGGAGUCUCCUCAAUACAACUCUGCAUAGAACAAGGAAAGAAUUGGGGAGCAGUCCAGCAACAAUUGGACUCCACGACACAGUGUUUAACAGCUGAAAGACAAUGGUCAGUAUUAGACUAUUACUGCAUGUUGUGUGCAUUUAUAUACAUACGUUCGAUUUUACUUCAUUCAAUUUCACCAGCCACAUGGCAGUAAAGUCGAGGUUAGAAAGUUCAGAACAAAGUAAAGCAGACUUAUUGCAAGAGCAACGGAAACAAAAAAAGGAAAACAAAAAGGUUUGACACAAUAAAAUUUGCUAAAAACACAAGAAGUGUUACUGGAGACAAAACAAGAGGCUCAAGAUUCCCAAUCUCGUCACCAAACACUCGAGUCCCAGCUGAAAACCGCGAGAGAGAAAGACAAGAAAUCACGUGAGGAGAUUCUGGCUCUGCGAGGAAGACUCACACGCAGCCAACGAGCCCACGAGCAGCUCCAGAUCCAUUGCUCUGUACUGGAGAAAGAGGUGGAGACUCAAGUACAGAGACUCGCGUCGAUGAGGUCACAACGCAGCAAAGAGGAGAUGAAACUAGUACAGGAGUGCCGAAAAAAGGAUGAAUUGCUGGGAACGUAUCUUCACAAGAUAUCCACUUCUCAAGAAGACCAGCUGAUUUUACAGAAAGAAAUCAGAGGUCUGAAAACGAAACUCUCCUCUGAAGAGAAGCAGAGAAAAGAGUUGAAAUUGAAAGUAGAGGAGAGUGAGAAGAAAUUGCAAGAGCUUCAAAGACAGAUGGAAGAACGCACACAGAAGAGGAAAAAGGAGGAAGACAGAGCUGGUGAACAGGUGUCUGUGUUGGCAGAGGAGGUGAGGAGACUGACUGGGAGGCUGGAGUCAUGUCAGGAGGAGCUGUCUCAGCUGAGACCUGAGUUCCACAGGUUGAGAGAGAGGGAGGAGAACCACAGGCACCAACUGAUGAGAAAGCAAGAGGAAGUGCACGGUCUCCACAGACAGCUAGAGGCCACCUGGACAGACCACCAGACCUCCCUCCAACAGGCCGAGGCUCGGUGGACGGCACGACUGCGAGAUUCCCGCAGUGACUACCAAAGACUGAAGGGCGUUAGCACGAGACGCUGCUCGGAGCUGGCUCAGGAGGUGUGGCAACUGAAAUCAACGCUAGAGUCACUUAACCACCAAUGAUCCUAUAUGAAUUGUACAUUUUUUACUUCUGUGUGCAAAGCAGUAUACCU